CCUGUCCCUGUCGCUGUCCCCCAGGCGCUGCUGUGGAGCAUGAGGUCCUACACCCUGAUCCGGAGGCUGGAGGGGCACCAGAGCAGUGUCGUGUCCUGCGACUUCUCCCCGGACUCGGCGCUGCUCGUCACCGGCUCCUACGACGCCUGUGUCAUCAUGUGGGACCCCUACACCGGGGAGCAGCUCCGGACCCUGCGCCAUGUCCCCCUGCAUUCCCCGCUGGAUUACAGCAGUGACAUCCACACCAGCUCCCUGCGCUCCGUCUGCUUCUCCCCAGAGGGUCUCUACCUGGCCACGGUGGCAGAUGACAGGCUCCUGAGGAUCUGGGCGUUGGAGCUUCGCUCUCCAGUGGCCUUUGCCCCCAUGACCAACGGUCUGUGCUGCAUCUACUUCCCUCACGGAGGUUUCAUUGCCACGGGGACCAGGGAUGGCCACGUGCAGUUCUGGACGGCCCCGCGGGUGCUCUCCUCGCUCAAGCACUUGUGUCGCAAAGCUCUGCGCACCUUCCUCACCACCUACCAGGUCCUGGCGCUGCCCAUUCCCAGGAAGCUGAAGGAAUUCCUCACUUACCGGACUUUCUAAGGCGGCAGGGAGGGCGGAGGCACGGAGGUGAGGGCCCCGUGCCCGGCGGCAGGGCCGGAGGCACCGCAGGAACGCCGAGCCGUGAGCCGGGGGUGGGAGCAGGGUCGCCGCUCCCCCGCUUUUUGGGGCCGUGUGUGGGGACGUGGAGGGAUCUUUUCGGUGUAAUACUACUAAAACCCAGCCAAAAAACACGUGCAGAGGGCGAGGGGCAGAGCUGGGAGGGGACACAGGUCCCCCUGUCCCCGCUGGCUGCAGGGGUUGGGUCAGGUGCUUCUGCUUCCCAGUGCAAUGGUGUGGGGUGAGGGCCGAGCGGGGCUGUUGUCACUCGGAGCUGAGCCGCUCCCAGAACACCCUCCUGCCCCGGGAUGGCCCCUCAGUCCCGCUCUCCCACCGUGGGCAGGAGCUGGACGAGCCCAGGCAGGUCUCUGUGGACUAAAUAAAGAACGAUUCCUCACGUG